AUGGCAGCAAUUGACAUAGAAAAUGUGGAGUGUGUAUCUUCAUCUGAUGGGAUCGAGGAUGAAGAGAUCCGGCGAGCCGUGUCCUCUAACCCUAAUCAAUAUUCUUCGAAGCGCCAUAACAUAAUCUCAUCUGGGCUUGGACCCACAAGUGUUCACGAAUUGCUCGAAUGCCCAGUUUGCACUAAUUCUAUGUACCCACCAAUCCAUCAGUGCCACAAUGGGCACACUCUUUGCUCGACUUGCAAAGUGAGAGUGCACAACCGGUGCCCCACUUGCCGGCAAGAGCUUGGAGAUAUCAGGUGUUUGGCCCUAGAGAAAGUUGCCGAGUCCCUCGAGUUGCCCUGCAAGCACUACUCCUUGGGCUGCCCCGAAAUAUUUCCUUACUACAGCAAACUCAAGCACGAGGCACUUUGUAAUUUCAGACCGUAUAAUUGCCCUUACGCCGGGUCUGAAUGUGCAGCCACUGGGGACAUACCCUUUCUUGUUUCACAUUUGAGAGAUGACCACAAGGUGGACAUGCACUCCGGAUGUACCUUCAACCACCGAUAUGUGAAGUCGAAUCCUCGUGAGGUUGAGAAUGCCACGUGGAUGUUAACUGUGAGUUUUUUUUUGUUCUUUUCACUUUUGUAUCUUAAAUGUUCUUGCUAUGGUAGAUGCUAA